AUGGCCGGAGCGCAGGAGUCCCUCGUGUACGCCGGCGUGAUGCGCGGCCACAACGACGUGGUCACGGCCAUCGCGACGCCCAUCGACAACUCGCCCUUCAUCGUCUCCUCCUCCCGCGACAAGUCGCUGCUCGUCUGGGACCUCACCAACCCCAUCCAGGCCACCCAGGACUCCAGCUCCGAGUACGGCGUCCCCUUCCGCCGCCUCACCGGCCACGGCCACUUCGUCCAGGACGUCGUCCUCAGCUCCGACGGCCAGUUCGCGCUCUCCGGAUCCUGGGACGGCGAGCUCCGCCUCUGGGACCUCUCCACCGGGGUCACCACCCGCCGCUUCGUCGGCCACGAGAAGGACGUCCUCUCCGUCGCCUUCUCCAUUGACAACCGACAGAUCGUCUCGGCGUCCCGCGACCGCACCAUCAAGCUCUGGAACACCCUCGGUGAGUGCAAGUACACCAUCGGCGGUGACCUCGGAGGCGGCGAGGGCCACACUGGCUGGGUGUCCUGCGUCCGUUUCUCACCCAACAACUUCGCCCCGACCAUCGUCUCGGGCUCAUGGGACCGCUCCGUCAAGGUCUGGAACCUCACCAACUGCAAGCUCCGCUGCACUCUUGAUGGCCAUGGUGGCUAUGUUAGCGCCGUCGCAGUCAGCCCAGACGGUUCGCUCUGCGCGUCUGGUGGCAAGGAUGGCGUCACCUUGCUGUGGGAUUUGACCGAGGGCAAGAGACUCUACUCGCUGGAUGCGGGAUCCAUUAUCAACUCACUUUGCUUCUCGCCCAACCGCUACUGGCUCUGCGCGGCGACACAGGAUUCCAUCAAGAUCUGGGAUCUUGAGUCAAAGCACAUCGUGCAGGACCUUAGGCCCGAGGUCCCUGUCUCCACGAAGCAGAUGCUCUACUGCACUUGCUUGAGCUGGAGCGCGGAUGGCAGCACUCUCUAUGCUGGUUACACCGAUGGAACUAUCCGCAUCUACAAGAUCUCGGGGUUCAGCUACUCUAGCUAG